CAAUGAGAUACGUGCCGUUAUUGUCCAUCGCCUCUGUACUGGCGGUACAACUAUGCUUUUCUUCCAAAGUAAAAAACUGCGCCAACGCAAUUUCCUCGCCGUGCGAUGACAACUCGUUCCUUCAAAGAAGGAGCACUGACAAGAAGGCUGAGUGCAAAAGGCCGACUCUGUGGUCCUCCAUGCUGACAGUAAGCCCUUCCAACAUCAUAUCAACAUUAAUUGAACGGGGUGGCCUGUUUAUUCCAAAGUCUAUCGAGCAAGAAAUCAAGAUCCUUAGAUCAGUCAUUCACUGCGAAACCUCUGAAAUGAAUCUUUUGGAUCGUCAUUUAAUUUUGUACAACGUAACCGUGGGUUUACCGGAUGAGCUGACAGCCUUACGUAUUGGGAGAGUGUAUAUCUACUGGGACAGCUUCCUCAGGCCUUGUUUGGACAUAGAGGUCGAUGAUGUGGAUAUUUUGGUCGAGUUUACAAAUCUCAUGUUGACGCUCAACAACUGGAACGAGCUACAAGACUUUGGCUUCCCACCAGAUGUUUCCAACUAUUACGACGCGGAAAGCAAACAAACGUCCUCAUUUGUGCGUUUCAACAGUAUAUAUCUGUCGCGCAAUAUGACAGUUCGAGUCCAAAGUCGCCCAUUGAAUCGAGAUAUGGGUACUUUUGCGAUGGAUAUGGACGUUACGGACGACCUGAACGCCAUGAUUGGGAACCUAUCGGAUUUCAAUUUAGAACAAACGGGUCGGAAGGGCUGCUCUUCAACAGAACUUGCGAAUCUCUUGCAAUCUUUUUUCAACAAAAAAGUACGACACUUCAUUUCCAACACAUUGAACGACAUCGCGACCAACCCCACGCUUGCCAUGCAAACCGCAGAUCGCUUCUUCAAUCAAGCGAGCGAAAAAAUUUGGGUUACGCAACGCACGUAG